AGAUAUAGAAAUGGACGGAGAGAAACGACAGACUUUCGGACACGAAGUUGUACGGCGUAUCCGGUCAUUCGUGUUUGGAAAGAAAAAAGAAACGCACAGUACAAAUAAUCCUUUCAUUUAUUGUGGAAACAUUAAACUGUUGAGAUUAACCAACACUAAAACAAAGUCCACAAAUCCAAAUCAGAAGGAAGUUCAUCAACAGAAGAAAGCCGAAGAACAACAGAAGAAACACGAGGAAGAACAUCAACAGCAAGAAAGCAAUGAGAAAAAAGGAAAAAAGGAAGGAAAAAUUCCGUUCUCUCUAUUUGUAAAAUGUGCCAAAAAUAGUUUAUCUACCAAACAGAGUCGCCAGCAGCUAUAUCGGGAGUCUUACACCUACUUUUGGGAUUUCUUGUUUGGUUACGCGGCAGACAAGGCACGUAUGGCAGAAGAGGAAUACUACAAUGAAUUCUACGCUGAUUUUGAUGAUGAAGAAUUUUACUAACUUAUUUGUAUAUUUAAAUGUGAUGGAGAAAGCGAGAGAGAUGAUUGUCUAUGUGUAUUUGUGUGUUUGUAUGUGUGUGAGAGAGAAUGAUUUCUUUUUUUCCUUCUUUGAAUUGAA